CCCCGUGUGCGUGCGUUCGUGUGUGACUGUGCACUUUCUUACACUGCACCACCUCGCUCUCUCCGUCUAAAUAGCUUCCACUUUCACGUUCUUCUUCUUGUGCGCCUUCUGCAAAAUUGAAUCUAAACUCUCUGAAUCUGAAUCUUAAUGCAACCUUGUUGUUCCCAACACGGUGUUCGGUUUUGCUGCCAAGGUUACUGAAAAGAGAUCUCCGUGAUCCCUUGACAUGCAUAAGCAACUUCCACUUUCAUGUAUCUUAAUGAAUAGUAUGCUAUUACGCAAAAAGUAACAGAAAUUACCAAAGAUGGAUCAACAAAACCAAAAUAACACUCCAGAUGGUUCAGGAGAUGUGCCUUUGAAGCGCAAGCGUGGUCGUCCAAGGAAAUACCCGAAGCCAGAUUCAGAGGAGAGUUCCUAUAUCCUAGUUAGUCAAAAUAAAAGGCAGAAUCCUGUUCGUGCAGAACAAACGCCCGUGCCUCCUGGCUUUGAAACAGUUAAUGGAAGUCAACAAUUUCAAAGGGGUCAAGAGAGUCAUUUAAAUAAUGCAAUGGUGGGCCAACUAGUUUCUGGUGUAAUUGAGGCUGUAUUUGAUGCUGGAUAUUUGCUCAGUGUUAGAGUUGGUGAUUCUGAUACUACUUUGAGGGGGUUGGUCUUCAAGCCUGGACGAUAUGUUCCUGUCUCGCCUGAAAAUGAUGUUGCUCCGAGUGUUCCAAUGAUCCAUAGAAAUGAGGUUUCUUUCCCUUCAAGAGCAGCACAGUUUCAAACUCCUCUCCCAAAGGAGAGGAAUGAACAGCCAGUGAGUGUUCAUAGAGUUGAAACUAUUGCAAUGAAUGGCUCACCGUCUGUCCCUCAGAUACCUAGAGGAGCUGUUAGUUCUAGUAACUUGGUUGCCUCUUCUGGAAAGAAUGUGCCUUCUGUGCCAGGCCAGAUCACUCAUCAACUACCCAGAGGUAAUGUGGUGCCUGUAAUGCUCCAACCUAAUAAUUUUGCAAACGGGGGGCCAGUUUCUAAUCAACCAUCACAAGUCAACACCCAAGUUUCUCUAGGGAGUGGAGUGAUUUCUUCCAAAGAAAUCCCUGUAGAUGGAAACCCUUCACUUGUAUCUCACACUCAAACUAUCUCACACUCAACCGGCAUGCAAAGUGAAGAUGCUCCAGCACAUAAUCAAUCUUCAUCUCAUGUGGUGAAUGAAGAUGAAGCCAAAUCUAUGAGAAUGCCUAGCAUGCCUUUUGAGCAUCUGGUUACGGAAGUUGUCAAGAGGAUCCAAGAUCCAUCAGAGGCCAUGGAUAAUGAGACUACUGACAACUGCAAGUCAGGUGAUAAUAUGGUAGAGAAGGAUCCAAGUGGUACUCAGGAAGACAAAGUUAAUGAUGUAGAUCAACCCAUCUUGAUUAAGCCACUGCAAGCUGUACAGUCUUGUCCUCCGGAAAUCUCAACAUCUGCUCCCAAGCCUUCGGACUACACCGAAACUGGCAGAAUGACUGAGCUUUUGCAGGUUUUUCAACAUAACAAUACGGAGAACCAGGCAUCCAAAGCAGCAGAGCUAGAAUCUGGAAACAAGUUGGAUGAUAUAAGGAUUUUAGGAACUGGACUUGAAGAUGAUGGAACUAUUCAAUCAACAAAGCCGUUCUGAGUAUUGAAUCUGGUUUAUAAAUGUCAUCAUUAGUGGCUAUUGUGCCACCAGGUUUAUCUGUCAUAAGUAGGUAACAUAUUUGUCAUGGUGAAUAUUCAGCUUUUAGUUCUAAUCUCAAUGAUGUUAAACAUUUUCAAACGUGCAAGCCUCAUUGAAUUUGGUGAAGAUAGCUUGUUAUAGCUAUAA